AAAUGGGGAAAUCCUAUAUUCUCGAAUCAAUUCACAAUUUAUUUUGUAUAUUAAUUAGAUUCCGCGCUCAUCAGUACGUACUCACUGGCGACAUCGAGAAAAUGUAUCGGCAAUUCCUCGUACGACCAGAGGAUCGGAAAUAUCAAAGGAUAUUAUGGCGCAGCGCGAGUGGAGAAACAGAAACAUAUGAGCUUAACACCGUAAUACUCUUAUCAUAGAAAUAGAAGCAGUCCUCAAUUCCCGCCCGCUAACUCCUAUCUCCACCGAUCCAAAUGAUCUCCUAGCCCUCACUCCCGGACAUUUCCUCAUUGGCGAUUCAUUAAUGUGCUUACGUGAUCGAGAUUUCAGAGACAUUCCAUCGAACCGACUCUCCAAAUGGCAGCAUAUCCAACAGCUUAAACAACAUUUUUGGAACCGGUGGCAUAAGGAGUAUUUGAACGAGCUAACCAACCGCAAUAAAUGGAGCAAGGGUGGACACAGCAUCCAAAAGGGCACAAUCGUCAUCCUCAGAGAGGACAACGUUCCCUCCAUGCAUUGGCCUCUGGGCCGAGUUAUCAAGGUUCAACCAGGCGCCGAUGGUGUCAUCCGGACAGCUACAGUUCAGACGGCAAAGAGCAUUUUGGAUCGGGGCGUCAAAAGGCUUGUCCCACUGUCAAUUCAACCCGAUCUCGAGAAACCCGAACAACUAGCCACCGAGACGAAAUAAGAUGGGAACUUCAACCACACCUCGCUAGUUUGAUCGGUACCCUCUCAACGGGGGGAGAAUGUUACGCCAUGCGGCUUACAAUAGGUCAUAUUCUUAACUAUCGAUCGCGGCACUAUAAUGUCGCAGACGGAUCGUCGCAUCUGCCCGGCAAACAAACAUUGUAGUGGCAAGCGCAUGGUUCAUUAAGCAGGGCGACUUCCAGAAACGUCGACUCGUGGCCCGUAUUUUACCUCGCAGUAAAAGAAUGUGGCGUGAUCCGAACGUAGUGGGGGUCGCCUUCCAGAAAAAAGGAAAAAAAUCGAAAGGCGUUCAGAACUUUUCGAGAAGUCGAACCGUCAACACAUGUGGCGCUUGGCCAUGGAUCGCUGCAUUAGGUUUUCGUAAUCCCCGAAACCCAGACAAACCACUAUGGAAGUGCGGAGGUUCCCUGAUAUCGGCUAGGCAUGUUUUGACCGCAGCACAUUGUGCACAUAUGGAUGGAAUAGAAAACAUACACAAUCAUAAUAUUGCCAUUCUUAGAUUGGUGGAGGAGGUGCCAUUUUCGAGGUACGUAUAUCCCAUUUGUACGAAAGAGCCCCUACGAAAGAGCAACUUCGUCGGCUAUAACCCCCUUGUUGCUGGAUGGGGAGCAUUAAGAUAUAGACGACCACGACGUAAUGCAUUAAUGGAAGUACAAAUGCCAGUGAUUAAGAACGCCGAAUGCAAAAUAGCUUAUUCCAAAUUUCCUAAUGCACCUGAUAUCACUGAUGGUAUAAUAUGCGCCGAACAUGCUCAGGGUGGAGAGGAUUCUUGUACGGCUGACCGCGGCGGACCACUGCUGAUACAACAUGAAUUAACCUCGUAUUUAAUAGGUAUUGUGUCUUAUGCUUAUAAGUGCGGCACAGCUGGGUAUCCCAGCGUUUACACUAGGGUCACAUCGUACCUUGACUUCAUUCUCCAAGCGAUGCAAUAAUAUGAUAUUACUGUUCCAUAAAUAUCAUUGUGUAAAAAACGUAAAGUUGGAUUUUCUUAUUGUGGAGAUAAGAAACAGCUCAAAUUUACAUUGUUUUGUACGUUACAAAUUAUAGGCUUAAAAUGUACGAAAUGUAACUUUGAAACGACACUAAUUUUUUACGCACGAUAAACCUCCACGACUUAGGUAUGUAAAGAUGAUAAACGUGUAUUAAUUCUAUUAAUUUGGUAAUAAUAAACCAACUUUCUGAGAAGUUCUGUAAAUUUCGUUUCUGUUGUAUCAAGAGAAUAAUGGAAUAUUCCACUUAGAUCGUAUACUUCUUGUACGUACGUACAAAAUUUUCCGGCUAAUCUAAAACACUUCAUAAGAUAGAGAGCUUCUGGAAAUUCGGACACAGAGAGUGCAUAAAAUACAAGAUAAGUCUCGUGUCUUUCAAAAUUAUUUUUUAUUCGCUAAAAACGUCCUGUGUACUCAUGCAAUCACAUGCAACCUCGAAACUUCACUUAUUUUUUAUCACUUUCCAAUUCAAUACACAGUUUCUGCAUUUUUGACUAUAUGUAAGAGAAAUUUCCAUUCAGCCAAAGGUGUACUUACAGAUUAUAGAUUCCUAUACGACUCUCAGUAAAAAUUUAUCCGCACUCCAGAUAGUUAAAA